AUGUCGGUGGUGGUGGAGAUGGGGAAUGAGACUCAGAUAAGUCACUCCCCUGUCGUCUGCGUCUUCACAGUCCCUGGACUGUGCCCUCUCACCAGGCCACUAGAAGGCGAGGGUGAUAAGGACAUGGCAGUCGUGGAUGUCAGGAGAGUCUGUCUUGCAGCUGAUGCCUCCAGGCUUGCCUCCAGUUCCGCAUCCAGUCACAAGUACACUCCCCGGAGGGCGGUGCUCUACGUGCCUGGAAACGAUGAAAAGAAAAUUAGGAAGAUUCCAUCCUUGAAUGUGGAUUGUGCCGUGCUCGACUGUGAGGAUGGCGUGGCUGCCAACAGAAAGAGUGAAGCUCGGCUGCGAAUAGUAAAAACUCUUGAAGACUUUGAUCUGGGCUCAACUGAAAAGUGUGUGAGAAUCAACUCAGUGUCCAGCGGUCUGGCCGAAGAAGACCUGGAGGCCCUCCUGCAAUCCCAGGUCCUUCCUUCCAGCCUGAUGCUCCCAAAGGUCGAAAAUCCAGAGGAAAUCCGAUGGUUUUCAGACAGAUUCUCAUUCCACUUAAAAGGCCGAAAACUUGAGCAACCAGUGAAUUUAAUCCCUUUUGUGGAAACUGCAAUGGGUUUACUCAAUUUUCAGGCUGUGUGUGAGGAAACCUUGAAGGUCGGGCCUCAAGUCGGCCUAUUUCUUGAUGCAGUUGUUUUUGGAGGAGAAGACUUUCGGGCCAGCAUAGGUGCAACAAGUAGUAAAGACACGCAGGACCUUCUGUACGCCCGACAAAAGAUUGUUGUCACCGCGAAGGCCUUUGGGCUGCAAGCUAUCGACCUGGUGUACAUCGACUUCCGGGAUGGAGACGGUCUCCUUAGACAGUCCAGAGAAGGGGCCGCCAUGGGCUUCACGGGUAAACAGGUGAUCCACCCUAACCAAAUCGCCGUGGUCCAGGAGCAGUUUUCUCCGUCCCCUGAAAAAAUCAAGUGGGCCGAAGAACUGAUGGCUGCCUUUAAAGAACAUCAGCGAUUAGGAAAGGGAGCCUUUACUUUCCGAGAGAGUAUGAUCGACAUGCCAUUACUGAAGCAGGCCCAGAACAUUGUUACGCUUGCCACAUCCAUCAAGGAAAAAUGAUCUGUUAAAUGAAGCUCUCAUCAGGCUAAAGGGUAUUGAAGCGGCCGAGGAUCAACUUGUGCUUGCCAGAGGACGCCAACGAAGUUGGAAACACCAACAAUCAGAGAUUUUGUUUCUGUUCCUCAUUAAAUCAUGAGCUUUUGUGUCGGGGA